AUCUUCUGUGGCUCCAUCACCUCUCGCUCCACCACCUACUUGGGCCCUAGCACAAACUUACGGCCUAGAGCUGCCCCACAGGAACGGCCUUCAGGCCUCUAUCCCAGGGUUCCCUUUGCCAGAAUCAGUCCACUCCCUUACACACAUCAGCCUCGGUUCAAUUCAAAAGGCACCUCUUCCACGACGCCCUCCCUGACCACCCUCCCCAGCCUCCGCCCCUUUCUGAGUCCUCAGAGGCCCUACGCCCCCAGAUCAGGGGCUACCCAGCACAGCUUGGCCCCGGAUGGGUGCGGACCCUUCCUCCGGAGGAAGGGAGGAGGGAGGCGAGCCAAAGCGGAUCGCUGGGGCGCUGGGGGGAGAGGAGCUGCCGCUGAGCCCUGCGCGCCCUCCCGCCCUCGGGGCUUCAGGGACGCCCUGGAUGCACUUGGCCUGAAGCGUUACUGCUGCCGCCGCAUGCUGCUGGCACACGUGGACCUGAUCGAGAAGCUGCUCAACUACGCCCCCCUGGAGAAGUGAUGUGCUGGCGCCCGCCCCCCACCGUGCUCACCUGCAGCAGUCCGCACUUUGCCCCUGUGCACCCUGCCCACCUCCUACGGGUGUGUGUCUCUGCUCCAGAGGGAGCUGUCCAGUAAAGGUCUUUGCAGAACCAUGAGGAGGUCCUGACGGUU